CAACCGGAAGCGGGUGGCCGGACGCCAGGCGCCCGCGUCCUGCGCGUGUGGGCGCCGUGGGGAGACUGCUCGGUGUGGGGCACGCGGGUGGGCCCUGGCCUCGAGCGGCGCGGGCCCGGGCUCCAGCUUCCGAGACCCGCCCGGCCGCGUCCCCGCGUUCAACGCCGCGUCUAGCCGUUGCUUUGCGGGGCGCCUGGGGUGACCGCUCCGCGCCCCGGGCCGCCCUUACCUCACUCCGUCGCGGGGACGUUACCGUAACUCAGCCUGUGGCGCGCGGGCUGCGCAGCGAGUGGCAGAGCCGCGAGGAGAGCGGAAGCUUUCGUUAGUUCGCUGUCCGCGGGGGCGGGCGGUGAACAGUCUGGAAUUUUGGACGUCCUGUCAGGAGCGGGGAGGACCGUCCUCAGGAGUAGAGCUACUGGAAAAAUCAGCGGUUAGGUUCGGGCUGAGUGAUUUAAAAAUAAUAUUUUAAGAGCUGCUUGGGAAAGUCCUGCUUCAAUAUACCCUGGUGGAGGAGAAGACUCCUUUUCGCCGCGGAACGGAGGCGUCUAGGAACCUUUGUUUUGUGAGCGUUGGUCCCCAGCCGGACCGAGGCAGCGGCCGAACCGGGCUGCCGCCCACGUUGGCGCGGCGUGCGGGGGUGGCUUCGGCCGCCGCACCGCGAAAGGUCCAUCCCGGAAGUAGUUGUCGGUCGUCUCCAUGCGCCGGCUCCCGGGCGUCGCGGAGCCAGGGCGCGAGGCUCGGACGGAGAGGUAGAGCCGGAGAGGACGCCAAGCGCCCUGCGCCCGGGCCGCGGCGCCAUCAUGCUGCUCCUGCCGAGCGCUGCGGACGGCCAGGGCACCGCCAUCAGCCACGCUCUGACCUCGGCCUCAACACUCUGUCAAGUUGAACCUGUGGGAAGAUGGUUUGAAGCUUUUGUUAAGAGGAGAAACAGAAAUGCUUCUGCCUCUUUUCAGGAACUGGAGGAUAAGAAAGAGUUAUCAGAGGAAUCAGAAGAUGAAGAAUUGCAAUUAGAAGAGUUUCCCAUGUUGAAAACACUUGAUCCCAAAGACUGGAAGAACCAAGAUCAUUAUGCAGUACUUGGACUUGGACAUGUAAGAUACAAGGCUACACAGAGACAGAUCAAAGCAGCUCAUAAAGCAAUGGUUUUAAAACAUCACCCAGACAAACGGAAAGCAGCUGGUGAACCAAUAAAAGAAGGAGAUAAUGACUACUUCACUUGCAUAACUAAAGCUUAUGAAAUGUUAUCUGAUCCAGUGAAAAGACGGGCAUUCAACAGUGUAGAUCCUACUUUUGAUAACUCAGUUCCUUCUAAAAGUGAAGCCAAGGACAAUUUCUUCGAAGUGUUCUCCCCAGUGUUUGAAAGGAAUUCUAGGUGGUCAAAUAAAAAAAAUGUCCCUAAACUUGGUGAUAUGAAUUCAUCAUUUGAAGAUGUAGAUGCGUUUUAUUCUUUCUGGUAUAAUUUUGAUUCUUGGAGAGAAUUUUCUUAUUUAGAUGAAGAAGAAAAAGAAAAAGCAGAAUGUCGUGAUGAGAGGAGAUGGAUUGAAAAGCAGAACAGAGCAACAAGGGCACAAAGAAAAAAAGAAGAGAUGAACAGAAUAAGAACAUUAGUUGACAAUGCAUAUAGCUGUGAUCCAAGAAUUAAAAAAUUUAAGGAAGAAGAAAAAGCCAAGAAAGAAGCAGAAAAGAAAGCAAAAGCAGAAGCAAAACGGAAGGAGCAAGAAGCUAAAGAAAAACAAAGACAAGCUGAGUUAGAAGCUGCUCGGUUAGCUAAAGAGAAAGAAGAGGAGGAAGUUAGACAACAGGCAUUAUUGGCGAAGAAGGAAAAAGAUAUCCAGAAAAAAGCCAUUAAGAAGGAAAGGCAAAAACUUCGAAACUCCUGCAAGGCCUGGAAUCACUUCUCUGACAAUGAGGCAGAGCGGGUUAAAAUGAUGGAAGAAGUGGAAAAACUUUGUGAUCGGCUUGAACUAGCAAGCUUACAGUGCUUGAAUGAAACACUCACAUCAUCUACAAAGGAAGUAGGAAAGGCUGCUCUGGAAAAACAGAUAGAAGAAAUAAAUGAGCAGAUUAGAAAAGAGAAAGAGGAAGCUGAGGCUCGAAUGCGACAAGCAUCCAAGAAUGCAGAGAAAUCAACUGGUGGAAGUGGAAAUGGCAGUAAAAACUGGUCAGAAGAUGAUUUGCAAUUACUAAUUAAAGCUGUGAACCUCUUCCCUGCUGGAACAAAUUCAAGAUGGGAAGUUAUCGCUAAUUAUAUGAACAUACACUCUUCUUCUGGAGUCAAGAGAACUGCCAAAGAUGUUAUUGGCAAAGCAAAGAGUCUUCAAAAACUUGACCCUCAUCAAAAAGAUGACAUAAACAAAAAGGCUUUUGAUAAAUUUAAAAAAGAGCAUGGAGUGGUGCCUCAAGCCGACAAUGCAACACCUUCAGAACGAUUUGAAGGCCCGUGCACAGAUUUCACCCCCUGGACAACGGAAGAACAGAAGCUUUUGGAACAGGCUUUAAAAACGUACCCAGUAAAUACACCUGAAAGAUGGGAAAAAAUAGCAGAAGCAGUGCCUGGCAGGACAAAGAAGGACUGCAUGAAGCGAUAUAAGGAACUUGUCGAGAUGGUAAAAGCAAAGAAAGCUGCUCAAGAGCAAGUGCUGAAUGCAAGUAGAGCCAAGAAAUGACUUAUGACAAUCUUUGUUGUGUGUGCAUUUUUAUAAUAAAAACUGAAAAUAUUGUACAAAUUUUCAUUCUUAA